UGCGCUAUCCGCCAGGCCCAUAUAUAAUGUUUCGUCCCGGCCUGGGCGGUGCUUCGCCCCCGCUCUACCGUACUCUACCCCGUAGUCUCUUUCGGGCCCGCCAUGGAUCCCGCCCAGCUCCACGACGCCAACAGCGGCGACCACCUGCCCGAGGUCCCUCUCGGCACCUCCACCGCAGCCGCCUACGGAAACGCCGCCAUCCAUAAUCUUGUUGCCCACCGCGAAAAUUCCCAUGAACUCCGGGCCCCUCACGACGCGCAGGAGGAGGAGGGCCGCAGACAUGUCUCUGUCGGCCACUUCGACCGCGAAGGUGUAGACGAGCUCAAGCGCACCAUGUCGCGUAUGUCGACUGCUCAGCGCAGCGAGAAGCGAGGUGCACCGUCAGCCGGCCUCCUGCCGACACAUGCGUCUCACCACUCGUCAGAUCGGUCCUCGGACCACACCCUCGCGCCAGGAGACGGGCCAUUCGACUUUGAGAAGUCGCUCCAGCAGAUGGUCAGACGGAAGGAUGAGUCUGACAUUAAGCGCCGAGAGCUCGGUGUCGUUUUCGACAAUCUCCGAGUUGUCGGCCUGGGCGCAUCCGUCAGCUACCAGCCAACCCUCGGUUCCACUUUGAAUCCGUUCCAGAUAUUCGAGACUAUCAAGAAAAUCCGACACCCCCCUGUGAAGGAUAUCCUGAGCGGUUUCGAAGGAUGCGUGAAGCCAGGGGAGAUGCUACUGGUGCUUGGGCGCCCCGGUGCAGGCUGUAGCACGAUGCUCAAGACGCUCGCCAACCAGCGGCAAGACUACCACCAGGUUCUUGGCGACGUGUGGUACGACGACUUCACGCCGCAGGAGAUCGAGAAGCAAUACCGCGGCGACGUCCAGUACUGCCCCGAAGACGAUGUCCACUUCGCGACGCUCACCGUCCGCCAGACGCUCGACUUCGCUGCAAAGACGCGCACCCCCCGCGCGCGUGUGCACGAGACGCGUGAACAACACCGUAACACUAUGAUCGACGUGUUGACAACUAUCUUCGGUCUGCGGCAUGUCAGGGACACCCUUGUCGGCGACGCGAGUGUUAGGGGUGUCAGUGGUGGCGAGAAGAAACGUGUCUCCAUCAGCGAGGUCCUUGCUGCGCGCAGUCUCCUCACAUCGUGGGACAACUCCACCCGUGGACUCGAUGCUUCAACCGCGCUCGAAUUCGUCCGUGCGCUGCGCCUCGCAACGGAUGUUGCCCGUGUCUCUACGAUUGUCUCGAUUUACCAGGCGGGCGAGCAGCUCUACCAGCUGUUCGACAAGGUCUGCGUCAUUUACGAAGGCAAGAUGGCGUACUUCGGGCCGGCCUCCAGCGCGCGCCAGUACUUCAUCGACAUGGGGUACGAGCCCGCGAACCGGCAGACCACGGCAGACUUCCUCGUCGCAGUCACGGACCCGAAUGGCCGUAUCCCCCGCGCCAACUAUUCAGGGCCUCCGCCACCACGCAAUGCGGACGAGUUCGCGGCGUAUUUCAAGAACAGUGAGCUCGGCCGGCUUAACCGCGAUGACAUGCGCCGUUAUCGUGAGGAGGAGAGCGGGAUGUCUGAGAAGAAGCAGAUGUACCGUCUCAGCCACCGCGCGGAACACGCGAAGACCACGUCGAAGAAGAGUCCCUUCAUCAUCUCAAUCGCCAUGCAGGCGCGGGCCCUCAUGCUUCGCCGGGUCCAAAUCAUCCAGGGUGCGAUCGCUACGCAGGUCAUCCAGGCCUUGAGUUUCGUCUUCCAGGCUAUCAUUGUCGGCACGAUCUUCUUGCGGCUGGACAAUACCACUGGGACGUUCUUCUCCAAAGGCGGUGUCCUCUUCUUCGCCCUCCUGUUUGCGGCUCUCUCGACCAUGGCGGAAAUCCCGGCGCUCUUCAUCCAGCGCCCCAUUGUACAGCGGCACUCCCGAGCGGCGAUGUAUCACCCGUUCGUCGAGGGGCUCGCGCUGACACUCGUUGACAUCCCAAUCACCGCUUUCACGCUCAUUCUCUUCGGUAUAAUCCUUUAUUUCCUUGUCGGCCUCCAGGAGAAUGCGGGGAAGUUCUUCAUCUUCCUGCUGUACAUCUUCAGCAUGACGAUCACGAUGAAGGGCUGGUUCCGCAUGCUCGCUGCGAUGUUCAAGAGCCCUGCGCCCGCGCAAGCGAUUGCUGGUGUCUCGGUCCUUCUCUUGACCCUCUACACCGGCUACACUAUCCCGCAGCCGUCCAUGAUUGGAGCUCUCCGCUGGAUUACCUAUAUUAACCCGCUCAAGUAUGGUUUCGAGGGGCUGGUGGUGAACGAGUUCCACGGCCUUCAGGCGUCGUACGAGGACGUUUCGCUCGCGAACCAGGUUUGCACGACAGUCGGCUCCGUCCCGGGUCAGGCGACCGUCGAGGGCAUGAGCUACGUCACGUUGUCGUUUGGCUACGCAUACAGCCACCUCUGGCGCAACUUCGGUAUCAUCUGCGCAUUCGGCAUAGGCUUCAUCUCGAUCCUCCUGGUCCUCACGGAGUUCAACCUCGGUCUCGCGGGAGAUUCGUCCGUCACGCUGUUCAAGCGUGGCUCCAAGGCAACCAUCGCACAGCCCAAGGGCACGGCGGACGAAGAGAAGUCGGGUGUGAGCAGUGACGGCGCGUCGACGCGGCGCGAUGCGGAGGGCGUGUCGGAGGAGGCUCAGAAGGCUCUCGAGGAGGUGCCCGCGGGCAGGAACACGUUCUCGUUCGAGAACCUGACAUACAUCGUGCCGGUUCAAGGCGGGAAACGGAAGCUCCUGGACAACGUCUCCGGCUAUGUUGCCCCCGGCAAGCUGACUGCGCUCAUGGGCGAGUCUGGUGCGGGUAAGACGACGCUCCUGAACGUGCUCUCUGAUCGGACAGCGGGCGGUGUCGUCACUGGCGAUCGCCUGAUGAACGGCCAAUCCCUCCCUAUUGACUUCCGCUCUCAGACUGGCUACGUGCAGCAGAUGGACACUCAUCUACCGACUGCCACCGUCCGGGAAGCGCUCCUUUUCUCUGCCAAGCUCCGUCAGCCCGCCUCUGUCCCGAUUGAGGAGAAAGAGGCCUGGGUCGACAACUGCCUGAAGAUGUGCGGCCUCGAGAACUUCGCGGAUGCCGUCGUGGGCUCUUUGGGUGUCGAGCAACGCAAGCGCACGACGAUUGGUGUCGAACUCGUCGCGAAGCCGUCUCUGAUUUUCCUGGACGAGCCUACCUCCGGUCUCGACUCGCAGAGUGCCUGGGCUAUCGUCUGUUUCCUCAGGAGCUUGGCGGAUGCCGGCCAGUCGAUCGUUUGCACCAUUCACCAGCCGUCUGCGGAGUUGUUUGAGGUUUUCGACCGCCUGCUCCUCCUGCGCAAGGGUGGUCAGACGGUGUACUUUGGUGACCUCGGUCAGAAGUCCUCGACGCUGAUCAACUACUUUGAGAGCAACGGCGGUAGGGUCUGUAAAGAGGAUGAGAACCCGGCUGAGUACAUCUUGGACGUCAUUGGCGCGGGUGCUACGGCGACAACGGACAUUGAAUGGCACGACGCCUGGAAGAAGUCGCAGGAAGCGCAGAAUGUUAACAAGGAUCUCGAGCACAUCAACGCCGAGGGCCGCGAACGUCCGCCUGUCCAGGCCUCGAUGACCGGCGCGUUCCCGACAAGAUGGGGCUACCAGCUGUGGACCCUGCUCUCCCGUGACCUUCAGUACCGCUGGCGUGACCCAUCCUACAUGGUGGCGAAGCUUGGUGUCAACAUCGCUGCUGGCCUGCUUAUCGGCUUUACUUUCUUCAAGGCGAAGGACAGUAUCCAGGGCACGCAGAACAAGCUGUUCGCCAUCUUCAUGUCGACCAUCAUCUCCGUACCGCUCUCGAACCAGCUCCAGGUGCCGUUCCUAGACUCACGCCAGAUCUACGAAAUUCGCGAGCGCCACAGCAGCAUGUAUAGUUGGACUGCAUUCCUCACCUCCCAGAUCCUCGUCGAGUUGCCGUGGAACAUCUUGGGCUCGACGAUUUACUUCCUAUGCUGGUUCUGGACCGUUGGCUUCCCGAGUGACCGCGGCGGAUUCACGUACCUCAUGCUCGGCGUCGUCUUCCCGCUCUACUACACCACCAUUGGUCAAGCCGUGGCUGCGAUGUGCCCGAACGCGGAGAUUGCGGCGCUGGUGUUCAGCUUCUUGUUCUCGUUCGUGCUGUCGUUCAACGGUGUCUUGCAGCCGUUCCGGGAGCUCGGCUGGUGGCAGUGGAUGUACCGCCUCUCGCCGUUCACGUACCUCAUCGAGGGCAUGCUCGGACAGGCUAUCGGACACAGCACCAUCACUUGCGCGUCGACGGAGCUCGUCACGAUCGAGCCGCCCUCGGGCCAGACGUGCGGGCAGUACAUGGGCACCUUCAUCAGCUCUGUGGGCGGAUACCUCACGAACGGGGACGCGACGAGCAAGUGCCAGUAUUGUGCGUAUUCGACGACGGACGCGUUCCUCGGCGAGAGCUUCAACAUCUUCUACUCGAACCACUGGCGCGACUUCGGCAUUUUCUGUGCUUACAUUGUUUCAAUCCCGAAUGCUGACGGGGCUGCGACAGAUUGCUUGAUCUUCGUCUUCUCGUGGCUCUUCCGCUUCCGGUCAGGGAGCAUGUUCGGAUGGGUCAAGAAGCUCGUUCGUAGACAGUAGACAAUCUCUUCCUGCCAUCGAUCAUCAAAUAAUAUCCAAUGGACUAUCAUUUUAUGUCGCAGUUCCUCGCAUUUCGUAUCUAAACCACCUAGAGUUAACGUACCACACAUUUCAUGUAGAGUUAUGACACAAAGGUCUAAUGAAGAUCAGCUUGUUCGUUUGGAACAA